AUGAAGAAAUUCGGCUUUGGAAGCAAGAAAAGUGAGGGUGCAGAUGAGGAUAGCAACCGCUCAGCUCUUUUUGGGUCUAAAUCCAAGAAUAAAAAUCCGACUCCGUCGUCAAAUCCGUAUGCGCAGCCUCAGCAGUCAGCCGAUCCGUAUAGCCAAGGACGUGGACGCGGUGGACAGACUGAAGUGGGCGGAUAUGUACCCCCUUCAAAUCAAGGACGUCCUGGCAUGAAACCUCCAGCCAGCCAGGGAUAUGGUGCACCUAGAAACCCUUACGAGAAUCUUGAUAAUAAAUACGGUCGGAGUAAUGGUGGUUAUGCACCUGGAGGACCCGGAUACCAAAGUGGGUAUGGAGGAGACAGAUAUGGGCCUGGUGGCUAUGGUGGACUUGGGAGAGCCGACCCAAACGAUACAGCGUCCGUUGAUGAUAAUAGAGAUGCUCUUCUAGGAGAUGCACGGGCACGGCAACAAGAACGACGUUACAACCCUGCUCUGCAAGAUGUCCCACAAGGUGGUGUCAGUGGUGCUAGUGCUGAUGGAUCCAAUACCACUUAUGCCCCGACUUACCAGGAGAGGCAACUCACAGCAGAGGAAGAAGAAGAAGAAGACAUCCAAGCGAUGAAACAUGAAAUUCGAAUGAUAAAACAACAGGAUGUUUCUUCUACCCGCAAUGCUCUUCGUGCCGCCUUAGAAGCAGAAGCGACAGGCCGUGACACCCUCCUUCGUCUUGGUGCUCAAGGAGAACGAAUUCAUAAUACAGAAAAAAACCUUGACCUGGCCUCAAACCAAAACAAAAUUGCAGAUGAAAGAUCCCGGGAAUUAAAAAAGCUAAACAAAAGCAUGUUCGCCAUGCAUGUCUCUAAUCCAUUCACAGGCGAACAACGACGGCGUGCUCGUGACGAGGCCAUCAUUGAUCGUCACCAUGAAGAACGCCUUCAGCGAGAGGCUACUCGACAAGCCACAUUCCGGACAGAGCAACGUAUGGAUGAGACCUUCAAAACCCUAUCAAAGAAAGCUGCCGGUGGCCCACAGAAACAAACAAACCUUGCAGACAGGUCCAAAUACCAGUUUGAAGCUGACAGUGAAGAUGACGAAAUGGAAAAUGAGAUCGAGUCCAAUCUUACUGCGAUCGAAGGUGUUACUGGCAGGUUGAACCUUCUUGCUCAGGCCCAAGGUAGGGAGAUUGAGCAGCAGAAUGCCGAUUUGGGCCGAAUCAUAGGCAAGAGUGACCAUGUGGACGAUCAGAUCGUCAUGAAUAGCGCCCGACUUGGUCGUAUUCGUUGA